GAUUCUCACAGGUAGCUUCGAAUCUCAAGGCCUGAGUCGACUUGAGUGAUUCCUAUGUUGUCGGGUGCGUUGACCCGGCCUAUGCAAGAAUCUCAGACCAACAAUCGCCAUGGACUGGUCCCGACCCGGCGCCGCCGUCAGGAGCCUGCGGCACCGCUUCUCGCCGAGGAACGCCGCCGAGGUCGUCGCCGUCCUCGUCCUCCUGACGGUCGCGCUCUCCACCCUCUCGUCUUCGACGAGGCGCCCGGCGGGCCCCCUCCAGUCCAGGGCCUGCGCGUUCCCGGCGAUCUUCAACUUCGGCGACUCCAACUCCGACACCGGCGGCAAAUCCGCCGCCUUCCACCGUCUCCUGCCCCCGAACGGCGACACAUUCUUCGGCACAUCCUCUGGCCGGUACUGCGACGGCAAAGUGAUUCUUGAUUUCAUAGCUGAGAAGUUGGGAUUACCAUUCUUGAGUGCAUACUUGGAUUCCAUGGGGACAAACUUCCGUCAUGGGGCGAAUUUUGCCACGGGAGGGUCCACGAUCCAGCCGGUGGAUACCCGAAUCUUUGAGGGAGGCUUCAGUCCCAUCUCGCUCGACAUACAGCUUUCGCAGUUCGAGCAAUUCAAGGCACACACUCUCGAGCUUCAUGCCGGUAAGAGUGAUUAUGCAAAGAGCAGUCUGCCAAGACCCGAGGACUUCUCCAAGGCAUUAUACACAAUGGAUAUUGGUCAGAAUGAUCUUCAUGCCACAUUGAAAUCCAUGACGGAGAAACAGGCAUUGGCGUCCAUUCCCAACAUUUUGAAUAAGUUUGCUGUAGCAGUAGAGAGAUUAUAUCAGCAAGGAGCAAGGGCAUUUUGGAUACAUAAUACAGGACCAAUUGGAUGUUUGCCCCAUUACUUCGUCUUUGAUCCUCCAGAAUCAAACGCGACAGACAAAAAUGGAUGUCUGGCAUCCUACAACAAAAUUGCGCAAGAAUUUAAUAUGCAGCUCAAAACACUUGUGUCCAAGCUAAGACUUCGUCUUGUGGGCACAACACUAAACUACAUUGACAUUUAUUCAGCUAAAUACACUUUGAUCUCUGAAGCUCAGAAACAUGGUUUUGGUGGUCCACUAGAGUAUUGUUGCGGGCAUGACGGGGAUUACACUGUAUAUUGCGGACAGAAGGCGAUUGUGAAUGGAACUGAAGUAGUCGGGGAUUCUUGCAGCGACCCUUCGAAGGUGAUAAGCUGGGAUGGAGUGCACUAUUCUCAUGCUGCAAAUCAGUGGGUAGCAAACAGAGUUGUUGACGGCUCCUCUCGGAUGUUCAGGUUCCUCUCACGGAAUCAUGUCACGAGUCCAUUCACUCCUGAUCAUUGUGUCCAAAAGGUGAACAGUCCUGAAGUUGCAAUUCACCUUAGUAAAUAUUCCAGUUUUUCCAUCCCAAAAGUCCAGCUGAAUCAAAGCGGAUCAGAACAUUCCUAGAUUCACGGUGGAGAAGCCACAACAAGCUACCUGAUCUUGCUAUACUUAGUACCCUUCUGCAAUUUCAAAACCGGUGGUAGAUUCUACGACAGUGGACAUUAGCCGGCAUGCCGCUCGGCAAGCUUGUAAAUGAUCAAUUAUUUUAUUUCAAAAACACCUUCAACAUUUUUUCUUUCAAUGCCAUUUGGUUCUUUUCCUUCUUCA